AUGAGCCAUACAGUCCAGAAUAUCAUCAGCGAGGAUGAAACAAGCUACAUCCGCCAGGAAAAACUCGAGGACCGGCUGUACGUGUUAUUCGGGUAUCCUAUCAAAGUCCAGCAUAUAAAUGGUCGAUACGUCUUUGAGGCUCCGAGAAAGGUGGAUAUGGUAAGCUACAGACCGCAUGGUAUCCUGCUUUGGUAUAGACUCGCUGAUCCUUGGUGCCCUGCCCCGGGGAUACAGGAUGAGAUAGCCGUCUAUUCCUAUCGAACUCGACCGUACAAUCACUCUUAUUGUUCACGCCCUUAUCAGGAAAUCAAAAUAAUCUCGAGGCCAAGCAUGUCCGACCUUGAAUCCGGCUACUACCGGUCCCUUCGACCUUACCUACGCUAUGAUACGUUUGCCUCCCAUCCUGAAAAGUCCAAUAUCUACGUUUUCGAGACGACCCCGCAACAUGCAGCAUAUUCAUUUACUAACAGCGACAUAUUCGAGUCGCAUAUCGCAAACGCAGCGAAGCCAGAAACCCGUAUAGUGUCAAUAAGCUGCCAAAACUCCCUGCGACCACUGGGUAUUACCGAACAGGCCAUGUGCAAGCUAAUGACCCACUAUGAUAUUGAUGCCUCAUUUUUCGAUCUAGUCGUUUCGUUCGGCGACAAGCCACGGACUUCGGAUGCGGGACAUGGAGCUAUGAGUUUUAAGCAGAGGGAUGAUGGCGCUUACGAUAUCCAGUACCUCUUUACAUACGCAGAGAAUGACAGCACGAGGGGCGCGGCGUCGUGGAGGAUACGGCAGGUCUGCGUCUUCCAUCGCUAUAAUCCCUCGGGUGCAGGGAACCUCUGGAUCCUGCUCCAUGUGUGCCCUCAAUCGAAGCUGCAGCGGCAGAUAGAACACAUACUAUCUACUAAUCCAAGCGCGCUUCUUGCGGAGAGGUCGUCGAUGCAUUUGCUUGUUUUUUCUACCUACCUAAGUGGCUGGCGUUGGUGCAUCCGGAAUCUCGGGGAUGAGAUUGAACGGACGGUUGAUAUAGCACUUACGCUAGAUUUCUCCAAGCCUAAAGCCCGCGACCACAAGGAUGGGCUCGUCCAGCUUCUCAAACAGGAGUACCUGGGCGAUAGGCUCGUCCCCUUAUCUGCUCGGCUACGCGCUGCGUUAUGCACAUUGCGUCACCUUGAACAGAUUAGUUCGCUCUCGCAUUCUAAGGGCGUGUCCAGGGAUCAGCAAGGCGGAUACAUGAGUGGUGAGGUUGCGCGCCAUAUCACGGAACUGGAAGGACACAUCGAGAGCGUGCAAGUGCUGGAACGCAAGGUCCGAGGAAUAUCGGAUCUACUGGCCGUCGCCGUAACAGUCGAGAAUCAGGCCGUGACCAUCGACAUCAACAACAAAAUGCUCGACCUCAACAACAAACUCGUCAAACUGACCAACAAGUCUCUCGAUGAGAACGCCACUGUUCGAAUCGUUACCCUCGUCACCUUGAUAUAUCUGCCUGCUAGCUUUGUUUCUACCCUCCUCGGCAUGAACCUCUUCGACUACGGCUCCGAGGGAAACCUCGAAGUAUCACACGACUUCUGGAUCUUUUUCAUCCUUGCUGUGCCUCUUACCGCUUUCACAGUGGGCUCGUGGUACUGGCUCGUUCGGCGACGGCGGCGACUGCGAGACAUGAAGCAGGCGGUAGAUAUGGAGGCUCAAUAG